UUAAAUAUUCAUUCCUUCGUGUUCUUCUUCACUUCCUCUCAAUGGCUUCCUCAGUUGAUCACAAUAAGUUACCAAACAUCUGCGGCGGCGCCACUGCAGCUCCUCCGCCCACCCCUUCCUCACAAACCAACCACCUCUCCACCUCUGCCGCUGCCGAAGCUCUCUCCAGGCUCCUCCAUCGCCUCCCCCCCAAACUCUCUCUUCCUACGCGCCGUUCCUCGUCCGUUAUAUCACCACCAACGAUUUCCUUCUCAGAUUCUCCCGAUGACGAGUUUUCCAGUAGGCUACUCUCCGCCGUCUCCGAAUUCGGCUUCUUCCAAAUCACUGAUCAUAAAAUAUCCUCUCAUCUCCUUCUCUCAGCAGAGUCGGAAUCUGCCGCUCUAUUCGACAUUCAGGCGGAGAAGAAGGAAGCACUGUUUCCGAAGGACUGGGGAUUUAUAGGCGACGAAGACGAAGAAUCGGACGGAGCCUGUGAAUCGUUCUGCUUCGAUCCGAGGCUGUGCUUGCCUUAUUCGGACGAAAUUUGUUUACAAGCUUUGCAAGAGCUCGUGCCAGCGAUGGAGUAUCUCGGACUGAAGAUCAUCGAGCCUCUAUUUCGUGCGAUUGGCCUCGAGAAUCCAAUCGGUGAGGAUCGAAGCAGAUUCCGGUCGCUGAUAUGGAUAUCGAAAGGUUCUCGAAGCGCUGAGCCGGCAGUGACCUGUGGAUUUUACCCAUACAUUGUCGGAUUGCAUUAUCAGAGCAAGAACCAGAGGUGUUCUGUAUUAGGAGAUUCCGGCUGGGUUGCGACGGCGGCAACGGCGGCGGAUUCUGUGAUGGUUUCAAUCGGAGAUAUUGCGCAAGUGUGGAGCAAUGGAAAGGUAAAGAAAGUGAGAGGCAGGGCAGUAGCGGCGGCGGCUGACGGCAGCGACAACUCAGGCACCAUCUCAAUAUCACUACUCAUUACUCUUCCUUUGGAUACCCAAGUCUCUCCUCUUCUUCCACCGACCGACGAAAACACAGACGCAGAAGCAAAAGAGGACGGCGGCGGCAACGAGGCAGAGAAGAAAACGGCGGUGUUUCGUUCUUUUAGCUUUGAAGAGUACGCGUGGAAAGUGUAUCAGAAUCGGUGCUUUCUGCUCAGAGAUCCACUGGCCGGAUACCGAAUCUGAAUCGAUGGAUCGGAGAAUUGCCCCAUUGUUGAUCAAUCGACCCAUUGAAUUCCCACGGUUUUCUGCAGAGGCGUUGAGUACGUAGUUCUACUUUUUCUUUUUCUUGUUUAUUUUGAACAGUUUUUGGAUUAUUCUUGCGAGUGCUGUGUGAUUUUGUUACAAAUUUGAAUAAUCCCAAAAACAAUAUAUUUAAAUAUUAUAUGUAUAAUCAACUUGAGGUUCAUUUUU